AUAACCAUCAUUAAGGUUGCGGAAACUGUUCAGAUCCAAAACCGUAUCGCCAGUUUUUGAUAUCUCGAAGUGUGAAUAGUAUAUUGUGUCUGUUUCUUCACUAUCAUUUUUAAAAUCUGACAACGUUGUAGUACCCAAUCUGCAUAUUCCGUCAGAACCACUGUUCGUUGACUUGACUUUCGCAGGCACAAGACAAGGUAGCUGGUACCCGACGAAAUAGAGUACUGUGGAGAAGUGGUACCAUCGCACAGAGUUGCAGCGCGUACUAGUCGAGUUUCGAGGCUCGUGCUCUGGUGAAAUCCACGAAACGGUAUCAGAUUUCUCCACGGGCUGUUGUAUUGUUAAUUUUCAAUGAUUCCGUCAAGAGAAACCAGCUGUAUCGUUGAGUGCGUGCAGAGAAACAUCGAAAAAAGGCCGUGGAUUUUGGAGUGCUGCAAAUUGGCCAAAUACGGAAUAUACGCCCUCUCACCAGUCUCCAUCUUCAAAGUUAAGGGUUAUCUGAGCAGUCUGAUCCCCCUGUAAAACUCAAUACUGGCUAUCGUAGAGAACUUGACAUCGAUUGUUCGGAUAUAUCUGACGUUUCUGUGCUAUACCCUGGUCUUUCUGGUACUGCUCUUUUGGUACUUGAAGUAUAUGAACGAACUCUGAAACUGUUUCCCUGGGGUUUCUGGUGCAGUGUUUUGUACUGAGUGUUACUUGUAUUCGAAAACGAUAAAUUUAUAAGAUGAAGAGGCCUCCUGGAAUAUGGAUACUCUUGUCAGCAGGUGUCCUUUGGCUUAGUCUUCAAGAUGUAUACGGAAUCAGAGCAACCUCACUUAUAUUUGGAAAAUCCACAACAACGACUACACCUCCUGGUCCAGUACCAAAUGUUACAGACGGAAUUGAUCCUGAGGUAGUCACGGAAUCCAGCACCGAAGGGACUGGAAAAAAUGCCUCCAAACCAACGCUAACUGGAAUACCGCAGCUUGAUUAUGUCCACGAUCCAAACCUGCCAAAAGAACUCAACGGUUACAACCUAUCGGAAUACCCAUUUUACGAGAGAGUGCCAGAUCCCGAUGAAAUCGAUUUCAAAUGCGAUGGACUGCAUGAUGGUUUCUACGCAAGCAUUCCCUUCAAAUGCCAGGUUUACCAUCACUGCCUCUUCGGGACCAGGUACGACUUCCUGUGUGCAAAUUAUACAGCUUUCGAUCAGAAGACCUUCAUCUGCCAGUUUGUCUCCGAUGUUGACUGCGUAGGAUCAAAAAAGUUUUGGCACAGGAAUGAUGCUCUCUACCAAGCAACAACCACCACUACUUCGAAACCCUUGAACAUAUAUACAACUGCGCCACCAGAAAAUUCUGCUCCAGGAAAAGGUGGUGGAAAUCCUAGAGCAGGGGGAAAAAGGCGUCGUCCGCUAAUAAGACGACCUCAGUAUGAAUACUACGAUGAUUAUGCCGAGUAUGAUGACGAAUAUUAUGAAGAUAGACCAAGAUCAAACAGAAGAAGACGACCAAGACCAAGGCCUAGGCCAAUAUAUGAUGAUGAAUAUGACGAAGAGUACGAAGAUGAUGCGUAUGAAAGAAGGAAUAGGAGACCGUACAAUAGACGAGGAUCGGCAGGAAGAAGGAACAAGAACAGAAACAAGAAUAGAGACUUUGACGAAGAUUAUGUAGAUAAACCGAAAGAUAAAAAGAAAAACGUUGAUGAUGAGGAGGGCAGCGAUAGACCAAAUGAAAGAAGAAAUCCUAGCCGACAUAGUGAUACAGAUGAUAAUAGGUCUAGUGGAAAAAGAAAACCUCAAAGGACAGAUGGCGAAGACAAGAGAUCAAGAAAACCAUCCAAUGAUGAAGAUUUCGAAAACGAUGAUACAAACGAAAAGCGGAAAUCAAUCCGUGAAGAUGAUUUUGAAGAAAAUUACGACACAAGACGUCCUUCUAAAAAGACGCGAAGACCUUCAACAGAUUAUGACUACGACGAUAGUCAAAGAAAUAGGGAAAAUAAACCUAGAAAAGGAAGUGAUGAACCUGAAACGAGGGCUCAAGAAAAUAAACCCCUAAUCGUACCCACCACUGGUACCAUUUAUGACAGACCAAGAGUAGCGCCUAGAAUCAAACCUCCUGUACCUAGAAACGAAGCUAACAAAUACGCUUAUAAGCCAAUCAAAGCAACCACUCCAGCGGUAGCAGAAGAUGAGGAAUACUACGACGAUUAUGAAGAAGAGUUACCACCCAAACCGUCGAGAGGAAGAAAGCCUCAGUCAGAUCCGAUAACGCCAAAAUCGAGCGAAAUAAAAGAGAGGAAACAGAGCCCGUAUUCUGCCAGGAAUAGAAUGAAAGAAAAUUCAAAUGAGGAGUCAACAACAAGUAGAGUAAAAGCUAAACUAGACGAGGGAUCGUCCAGCGGUAGAAUCAAAACAACUUUAGACCAAGAAGAUGAUGCCGUAACUCUCUCCCCGAAAAAAAUCAAUAGGGGAAAAGACAGAUAUCGUAGUAGAUUGAACACUAAACCUACAGAAUUGAUUCCUGAAGAUAAAGAGGAGGAAAUUGAUGAUGCUAAUCAAAAAACAACGAAGACGGAGAAACAGAAUAAAAACACUGCCGAAAGUAAGAAAUUUCCGGAUCCGGAAUAUUAUGAUGAAUAUGAAUUCGAAAAGACCAAAGAGGAAACCCAAAUUAGCUCCACAGAAGCUCCAAGAAAGAAAUGGAAACCAAGUGAAGCUACCUCUCAAAAACCUUCAUUAAAACAUACAACUAAACAUCCAACAGUAAACGAGUUUCGCAAGGAGAGACCCGAUCAAAUUGUGAGAAUUGUGAAAAGGCCUUUUUUACCGAGUAGAGGAGGUAAUCCCUACGUGGCAAGAGGUCUUCAACCUGUAGGUUUCAAGGCUGCAAGGGAGGAAGCAGCGGAAGCACAAAAGAAUGAUGAUACUGAAGAAAACCUAAAAGAAUUUUACGUAGAUGAAGGGUUACAGUCAGUGAAUACAAAACCAAAGUAUAAUCAAGGAAGUGAACCAUCUGGAUUCGAAGUCAGAGAAAAUCCAAAACCAAAAAUUGAAACAAGUGUUAGAGGGGAACCCUCAAGAAGGCUUACUAAGCCAAAAUUCAACGAACCUAUUUCUGAAGAUGAUGAUGAUUUCAAACCGAUCAAAAGACCCUCCAGACCUUACUUUGAUGGAAAUACUUAUGAGGGCCCAAGAACUACCCAAAAGCCCAAAGUUCCUGAUAGAAAUCCACUGGAUAUAAACGAGCAAGAAUAUGACGUCACACUCAAUGACGCACUGAAUCCCACUCUGCCAAAUUUGCCUCUGAAAACGAACUUCCCCACAGGAUUCAGUCCAGCAAACGAUUACACAUUCAGUGCAUUCCAACGUCCACGAUAUGUUAUAGAACCUAUCCUAAGUUCAGCUAACGCUGACUAUGUUUAUCAGCCUAAGCAGCCUGCUGUUAGACAGCAAUUCGACGCUGUUCCCCAGUACAGCUCUAGAGGGGAAUUUUUACCAAAUUCAAACUACUACUCCCAGGUAGUGGGAGGUAAUUUGAAGCGAGGUGUUGUGCAAUCUCAAACACAACCUUAUUACUGAAGCCAUAUCAGAUCAAUUUUUAGGUUAAUGAAGUCGAUAUCGAAAUUUAUGGUUGUGCUGAAUUGAUAUUAAAUUAAGUAAAUUAAUUAGAAACGUUGAUUAUUUGUACACAUGAAAACAAUGCUAGGCUUAAGGUUAGUCAUAAGAUAUGUAAAAAUUUAAUUAAAUGAAUAAAGACAUGAAAGUAAUACUCACAUGAUAUA